AUGAUCGCAUCCAACCCCUUUGGGAGUGGGGUCUUCUCCCUGUUUCGAUAUCUUGUGCUCGGUCUAUUGAUUCAGACAGCUGCGGCGACUCACCACGCAUCACCCAAGCCACCUAAAUUGUCGUUCCUCUAUACACUCUUCGCAGAAUGUAAAUCAGACCUGAUGCACGCCGGCACUGGGCCUCAUGGCAUCCGAGCCGCUAUCCCCAUCGUCGGAGGAAAUUUCAGUGGUCCUCAUCUGUCAGGCAAAGUCCUCAACGUCGGCGCAGACUGGGGGCUGACCGAUCCUCGUACAAAGAUCUUCUCUGCCGACACUCGGUAUAAUCUUCGCACCGACGACGGGGCCGACAUCUUUGUGCAGACGUCGGGUCCCCAGGUCCCGGAUGGUCAUCUUCACUUGCGCAUGGUUUUUGAAACGGCUAGUCCAAGGUACUACUGGCUGAACAAUAUUGUUGCCAUUGGAGUGCUGACGACUGGGCUGCCCAGUACGGGGGACUUUAAUCUUUUGCGAAUUGACGGGUGGCACCUCGCGGGCGACUGGGAUUCUACUCAGUUUGUCAACAGCAGCGUGCCCGUUUAA